AUGAUAUUGGAAUGCAGACGAGAAUCAUACGAGAAAGUAAAUUAUCCAUUCAACUUGAAUCUCACUGACUUAUUGACGGACGACUUGAGAGCCAAAAUUGGACCAGCGGUUGACGUUGGAGCAAAUGUGACAGAUGAACUCGGUGGAAUCGUGACUUGUGAAGGAAUAUCCGCCGAUAGAGGACACUAUUUGGCUUGGGUCAGAUGUGAUGCUACUAAAGCGAAUCCAAACUUCCACCAAGCUUCACCAAGCCAGGCCUCACCUGAAGAGUCUGAGGACCCCGGUCAACAAGAGUGGUACUUGAAUGGAAAAUUCCUUUGUGGUAUCACUUAUACUGGUCAACUGCAUUCAACCCAGAAUGGCAUUGAUGAUGCCGAUGUUCAAAGAGUAAAUUGGUGA